AUGCGCGUCCCGAGCACGGACGGCGUCGUGCUCGCGGUCCACGACCACGGCGUCGUGACGCGCGCGGCGGACGGCGCGUCGUCGUCGUCGUCCAAGUCGCCGAAGGAGACGACGACGAAGACGAGCGACCUCGUCACGCUCCUCCUCGCGCACGCGAACGGGUUCCACGGCCGCGUCUUCGACCCGGUCGUCGACGCGAUGACGCGCGCGCGAAACCUCCCCUUCGACGUGCGCGUCGUCGCGUUCGACUUCCGCGGUCACGGGCGCUCGAGCGCGCCGACGACGACGCCGAGCGCGGAGGAUUCGUAUCGAUGGGAAAAGUUCGCGGAGGACGCGCGCGCGGUCGUCGCAAAUCUCAACCUUCGAGGCGCCUGCGUCGGCGUCGGGCACAGCCUCGGCGCGCACGCGCUGCUCCGCGCGGAAGCGGCCGACCCGGGGACGUUCUCCAGCGUCCACGCGUACGAGCCCGUGUUCGUCGUGAGCGCGGACAGGGUCCCGGGGCCGCCAGCGCCGCCGGCGAAUCUCGCCGCUGCCGCGUCGCGACGACGCGAGACGUUCGAGAGCAGAGAAGACGCGUUGCGCGCUUACGCGUCCAAGCCGCCGCUGAGCGCGCUGCGCCGAGACGCGCUCGAGGCGUACGUCGACCACGGGUUCGUGGACGCGGAGGCGGAGGCUGCUGACGCGAAAGAGAAGAAGCUCACGAAGGGCGGUCGUCGCGACGGCGGCGGCGACGCGGCGGCUGCGGUCGAUCGCGCGAGAGGACCGGUGACGCUCGCGUGCCCGCGCGACGUGGAGGCGCUCGUGUUCGAGCGCGGCGGCGAGGAGCGCGACGCGAUCGCGAUCGUGAGCGGCGGGCGGAGCGCGUGGGACGGCGGCGAUAAAGGCGGGGAUCGAACCGGCGGCGGAUCGGAUAGUGCUAGUUUCGGACGACGCGCGACGGUUCGAUACUUUGGCGCGCGGUGCCCCGUGACGAUUUCGCGCGGCGCCGCGACGGAUCCGAGGGAUCGCUCGAAAGGGAUGUACGCGUCCGCGAUCGCGCCCGUCGUCGCGGGGGACCUCGGCGAUAACGCGAGGGUGGAGACGCACGACGCGUUGGGUCACUUCGGUGCGUUCUAUACACUGGUCCCCAUACGACCGCGUUCGCGUGGUGAACGCCGUUUCUUAAGGACUUUUCCCGGCGCAUCUCUCCGCCUACCCCUCGCUUUCAAUCCCCGCCCGCGACGCCUUUCAACUCCAACUGACGCCUUUCAACUCCACCCCGACAUUCGCUCGUAUGGAACGACCCUUAGGCCCGCUGGAGGACCCGGAGACGUACGUGGAGAGCGUGUGGAGGCACGCGGAGUGGGCGGCGGACGUCGCGGCGGCGGCGGCGACGGCGGCGGUCGGCGGGGACGGACCGAUCGUCGCCAAGGCGCGGAGCCGGAUGUGAGGGGAUGCGCGUGUCGUGUGUAG